CAGUGAGGGAGGAUCAUGCGGCGGACAAGCUUUCUCUCCCAUCAGCUCCACUGCUAUCAUCAUCAUCAUCAUUAUCCCAUCAAUCCAACUAAACCCAGCUGAGGAACGAUGACAGCAAACAACACCACGUGGCCUCCAGAGGUGAGGGACUACACCUAUGUGCGCUUUUACGUGUCCACCCUGUCCUUCUCGGUGCUGCUCUUCUUCAACAUCAUCAUCAACUCGACCAUACUUCGAGUGGAGCACCUCCGGAGCCAUGCCCGCUUCGUGCUGGUGUUCCACCUGCUGCUGUCCGCCCUGGUUUACCUGGGGAUGAGCAGCAUCUUCCACUACCAGAUCUACCUGCAGGCGCGGCCGGGCCGCUCCGCCUGCCUGGCCAUGAUCACCGUCCUGGUCAGCAGCGCCUCCAACACCCUCCUCACGCUCACGGUGAUGGCUUUGGACCGCUACUGCGCCGUGUGCCACCCGAUGCGCUACACCUCCAAAUGCAUCGCCGGGUACUGGCCCUGGCUGCUGGGCGCGCUCACCUGGCUCGUGGCUCUGGUCAUUCCCCUCAGCGUGUUCCUGCACCCGGACCCCCAAAGCACGGGGACCGACUAUGACAAGGAGUGCGGGCCGGAGCAGCAGAGGAAAGGCGGGCUGCAGAAGGUGCUGUUCAUCGGUCUGUGCACGCUGCUCAUCAUGUACAGCUACGUGAGGAUACUGAUGGAGGGGCGGCGGUUAGGGGUGCUGAAUCGGCGCAACCGGGCCGGCUGCAGGACCAUCGCCCUGCACGGCAGCCAACUGGCGGUAUUCAUCCUGCCCAACUUUGUGAACUUCGUGCUGACGAUACUGUACCAGCGGAGGCUCAUUAAGCCAGAGACUAAAGAGCUGUUCGCCGUGGUUGUCUUUGCUUUCUUCAGCCUGGCGCAGUGCGUUGCGCCGGUUGUGUACGGCUUGCGCAAAGAGGAACUUCUGGAGCAGUUGAGUCACAGGUUCCCCUGCUGUUCCCGAUACCUGAAGAGUGUCCUCGGCUGGACGGUGCGCGUCAACUGGACACACAGCCACCGCAAAACACGGGAGCGAACACUGACAGCUCAGACGAUCAUCUCCCUGGAGGUCCCGCAAGCCCGAGAGGCGGAGGAAACCACACCGAUGUCAGUCAUGAGUUCCUCACAUGACUUAGAGUCAUGUCAAGGCGAUGCGGACAAUGCCUGAUGAGGAAAAGUAGGUCACUGUCAGGAUCCCGAAGGACAAAGGAACAUUUGGAUAAGCGGCCGGCGUUCUCAGCUGAGGCCCAAAAGGAACUAAAGGAAAUCACCUUGGACAUGAUGAUCCAGAUCUAUCAGGGUUUGUUCCUCACAUGAGACGUGGAUGUGCAUCAGUGUCAGGACAUCAGCCUGUUUAUAUGUUGCUCUAUUCCUGACCUUUAGUCAGGGAAGCACACACUGGAGCUGCCCAGUGGACACAACGGCGGAGAACAGUAUGGCUUCAGAAGAAAUGGGCAGCUCUCUUAUCGUCAGUUUUCCCGGCCGGUUCAGGGGUUCAGGCCCACUUCUCUGACCUCUGCUGCCUGGGAUCGGCAUCACUUGGGAUUAAAAUGACUGGGACGGAGGAUAUAUUUAAACAUGCAGUCUGGUGAAUGUGGUUUCCAUGUGCUCUUAACCUUGUGGGUAUUAAAAACUGUGAGUUUAAUGCUCUUGAUCCACUUGAAUAUUUGCAGCACCCUUAAAAUUAAGCGAGAGGGAGGGUUCACACAGGGCUCUGCAUUUUAUUAUUCGUAUGGCAGAAAACACCAACAGAUAUAUGAAGAUUUUACUAUACUUGACAUUUAAUGUUUUAAGUAAUAUUUGUAGUCCCCAGAUCAGAUUUUGGAAUACUUUUAGGAAGUACGCUCAGCUUUCUAGUGGAGAAUCAGGCCUACAUGAUAAGUUUGAUACCUCUCUCAUAUCUGUCUGUUAAAUAUCGGGUGUGCGGGCGGAUCAAUGGCCAAAGUGCUGUUUUGAGUAUCAAUACUGGUGAUAACAGGACUGAUACCAAGAAAACUGCAUCUAUAUGUGCAGCUAUCAUCUCAUUAGUUCAGAAAAUGUCCAGAAUUAAUAUUUUUAAUUACCCGUAAAAGUUUUUUUUCCCACUUUAUAAUGAACGUACUUAAGUAAUACAUAUACUUAUGAAGUGGUAAUUAAAUAUAUUCAGACAUAGCUAAUGGUGAUGCAUUCAUCUCAUAUAUCAGAGAUGAAUGGCAUCAACACUGGUAUCAAUAUCUGUGAUCUGGUCGGUGACGAAGUAAACAGUUAGCUUAGCAUAAAGAAGCGGGAAACAGCUAGCGCAUCCAAAUGUUUUUUAAAAAUUAAAUAAAAUAGCUUACUGCAAAGUCUAAAGCUCACAAAUGAAUACAACUCAAGAUACAAUGUGUUAAUUGGUUAGCUUUAGAGAUGCUGGUCGGCAGGUGUUGGAAGGUUCAAGGCCAGCCUUGCUAGCUGUUUUCCAUUAGCUAAGCUAAAUGUAUCCUGGCUUUAGCAUCACAUUCAACAGACAUCCACGCGAGUGAUAUUGUUAACCCUCUUUUCAUCUGGCAAACGGUGCAAUAAAGCAUACGAACAUAUUUAACGUGAAACUGCUUCAUUUAAGUCAACUUAGCUUAAGUUUUAAUGACUCAAAAGGAGAUAAAAACCCUCACUUUCUCAAAGCAAAGCUGGCUCGUGAAUGCCUCUCACUAUUUACCACUACUAAGAAAAGGAAAUCGCAUAAUAAUUGGGGACUGUCCACAAGGAAACUUGUCGGUCUGGUCAACCUGUGACAGUUGCUGCUCAGCUCCUCAGUCGAGCUUUUAGUCAGACGGACUCGAGCACACCGGGGAAAUUCUAACGCUUUAACCGCAGAGCUCACGAUCUCAGUCUGGCACCCAGAGAGCAAACACUAGUCAAGUCGGUUGUGCAUCUGAUGACAGGAAGGGGUUCCUGUUUUUGCCUGACAGCAGCAGCCAUCUGGCGGCAAAGCACUUACUGUAUCUGCCUUCAGCUGCAGAAGUGAAAGCAAAGCUGUCGCUUGUUGUGAAUACAACAGAAUAGGAAGUGAGUUUCCCUGGUAAAUUAAUUCAAUCGCUUUGGGGUUUUUUGUUUUGUUUUUUUGCUGAGCUUCUGUGUUUAUUUUUUUUCAAGGUUACAAAAGCUCGUACAAGAAGGAACCAGAGAAAAGUCAGUGUCGUUUGG